GGGAACAGGAUGCUGUGAUGCCACCUCCUGAUAUUGCAGUUGUAUUCCCCUUAGUGGUGGUGGCACUAUGGGUUCCUGAAGUGAUGGUACGUGUGGAGCCACGCACACAGCCCCCAUUGCGGUGCCUCAUGCAGGCUGUCACUGCUUGGGUGUCCCCAGACGGCUGUCAGUGCAUGGCCUUGCACGGUGUCCCACCUACCCCAGACACAGCCAGUGCCUCCACCCAGACAGAGCUGCUGAAGGAAGAAGCAUCUGGGCUGAUCCAGGUCUGCAGGAAGUGUUUGGGCCUUGCUCCUGGAGUGGAGUGAUACGUCACUGGGCCUAAGAUCUUUUGGAGUUCUUCUUUCAACGGUGAUGAAGACAAACCACUCCUCUGGCUGAGAUAGGCGACCCAUCGUGCCACUGUCUGUGCUUGGGCCAUGCCUGUCUUAGGAAGGGACCCAUCAGAGUCACCACAAAUGGGGGAAAUUUGUCACAUGAGGAGGUGACAUCAUGACAUCCUGUCCCCAGGGGGAAAUGAGAUUGCCUCUCCGGCCACUCCCUGUCCCCACUGCAGUUUUGCUGUCCCCAAGCUGCUCCUGCCUCAUGGAAACAAUGGCGCUGGCCCUCAUCCUGGUGCCCCGACCCUCCCUGUCGCUGCACCCCAGCCAGGGGGUGUCCCUGGGGGACACUGUCACCCUGCGCUGCCACCUGCCCCAGCAAGCUGCCUGGGUCCAGCUCUGGUUUAAUGGAACUUUGAGAUCUGACAAGGGAAAAGACGAGGAGCAGGAUGCAGUGGAGUUCUUCUUGGUUGUCACAAACCUGGAAGACGCGGGGACAUAUCAGUGUCGCUACCAGGUGUCAGAGCCACUGUGGACAUCGAAUAUGAGUGACCCCGUGGAACUGGUGGUGAUUGGUGCCAAGGGGCCAUCCCAUGUGAACCUGGUGGUGGCGGUGGUGAGGGGCUGUGUUGCUGUCUUCGUCUUCUGCCUGGGCCUCUACUUCGUGCUCGAUGCCCGCAGCCUCUGGACACAGAGAGAUGAGAGCCCUGGUGUCCCCCCAGGAAUGACUGAGGCCGUGCAGAUCCAGGUGCCCUCCAGUGACAGCGAGGAUCUGACCUACGCCGAGAUGCAAGCUGCCACCCCGUGCUCUCAGCCCUCCACUUCCCCCACUGCCCCUCAGUCCCCCGUUAUCUACACCAAAGUGAGCACUGGGUUACCGUGCUGAUGGACUCCCCAGCUGCCUCAUUUAUGGGGUGCACUGAAGGGGACAGACCCUAAAUUCCCUGCUUGGGACUUCCUGGUGUUCUGUUCUAACCCCAGACCAGAUAACCUCCCCAAAUCUAACAAUCCCAUUUCUCACCAGUGCACCCCAAAUGCUUCCCAGUCACACCAAAUCCCUAAACGCUCAUCUCUUACCCCAAAAUCCUUCUCUAUCCCCUCAAAUCUCUUAACACCACCCCCUGAGACCUCCAAAUCCUCUCCAGUCCACUCCAAAUCACUACCACCAUUUCUGAGAGAUCUGUCCCAUUCUACCCCGCUCUGGAGAGCCCCCCAAAAUGUCCCUUUCCUUCCUUUGCUUCUCCCACAGAUACCCUAUACGUCCCCUAUAGAUCCUCCCAAAAUUCCCUGCCUCCCAUUCUGUCCUGCUUCUACCAUUGGUCUUUGCGUGGUGAGCAAUUGCUUUGUACAUCAUCUGCUUUGGAAAAAU